CCCUAACAAUUUUAAGCCCUCCCUCGUCCUCUCCCUCUGCCUCUGGCUUGCCGACCUUCUUUUCUUACGUGCCCUUUGCUUCCUCUCUCACCAAUGGAGUCCAAGAUUAAGACUUGGAGAAGAUGACCAUCACUGCAAGCUUACAGAUAACCAAACCUCCGCCGAAUCCUGGGGUGCUGAAAUCGCCGUGUCUCAUAUCCCACGUGUUCCCAAGAUCCUAUAAUCGGCGAGGUCGGUGGUCCACAAAGUGCUGGGUCGGCAAGCAGAGGACUGAUCAGCCUGUAAUCGACCACAUCAUCAAUGUCCUUGCUGACGAAGACUUCGAUUUCAGCGUCGACAGCAAGGGGGCUUUCGAAGCCAUCGGAGAGCUUCUUGUCGGAGCUGAAUACUUCACCAACUUCUUUGAACAUCCUGUUCCAUAUAAUCAAUUAACAGAGUGGAAGUAUAUAUAUGUUAUAAAAGCUGCGGGAAUUGAAGAGGUUGGAAUGCUUGGCAGGAUCCUUGGAGAAUAUAUUAAUGAACUACAUUGGAAGAUGGAGAUUGUAAAGAUUUAGUGGGUAUAGGCAACCAUCUUGUAUAUAUUUUUUUCCCCUAGAAUUACAAACUGUUUUUGUUUACAUUUUCCUUUUGUUGUAAUCUUAUUGUCUUUCGUACACAUUAUAUUAGUAUUAGUUGGUGUUUAAUGAAUUUUGUAGUACAUGAUAAAUGUUUAAUAAAGUAUUAUUCUUUUAUGUUAA